UCCGGAUACGUUCGAGAAAUACUGUCCCAAAAAUAUAGAACAGAGAGAAGCCAAAUUGCCGAAGCUCUUUUGCAUUCGCUCUGCAGUGCUACACAUCUCGAAUGGCCCAAGCUUCCAUACCCAACUGCCAAGAUGGCUCGAACUCUCUUGAAGUUGGUUGAGGCUCCUUCUAGAUUCUGCAUACCCUACAAUCUGCCCAAGUUUUCAAAGGGUGUAUGCUGGCCAAUAACUCCUCGCAGCUGGGUAGACUACCCCCUUGAAGCCGACACGAUACAAAAGUUUCUGGAAAGCCUGUUUUCCAUCCUGGAGGCUUUUCUGGCGGCAGGCAUCGAUCCAACGAAUGUCUCAAACCAAGUACCAAGUGACUUUAAGUUUUAUCCUGAAGUCUUUGUGCAAGGUAUUGUACAGACACUUCCGUAUACAGAUUCCAAAAUCAACGGUAAAAUUGUGUUCGAUCACGCCAAUGCUGUUUUGAAUGAAGAGGUCUUGAAAUACAGGAAGGAAAAGACCAUCAGUAUAGGGGCUACUACAGAGGCCGAGGUAGGUACAAAACGGAGGCACUUGCAUGAAUCGGCCGACGAUGGGUGUCAAACAGGACAUGGGAGUAUUGGCGUUUGGCGAAAUCAAGCUGGAAUAAUCUCGAAGAGGACUAGGGUAAAUAUCGAGCGGGAUACAUGUGCAGAUGACUCCUUGAGUUUGAUGGAUGGAUUUUGGGUUGAUACGAAUGGAGCGGAGAGAAGGGAAAAAAAAUUUCUUUGUAGAAGAGAAGUCAAGAGCAGCGGGUAUGUAAGCGAGGAAGGUGCGCUAAACCAGGAAGGGUCGUGUACCUGAACGUACCUCAUCAAGGUAGGUAGUCUACAAAAGCAGAAAUUUACGAGACAGACGCGAGGUUCCGGAAGGUUAGGUGCGCGGGCACAGAUUGCAAAUAAAGUUGUGUU